AUGUUCCCGCAUAUCCUCACUACACUCCUCGCGAUAGCCCGUUUCCGAGGUAUAACAGCAAGGGGUAACGGCUUUCGACACGAAGCAAUAGACGCGUCAGAUCAGCAUUACGAACGAGUCGAGAAACUUGAUCCCCUCAUAUUCGAUCGUACCAUCUCAGAGCAAUGUCCGGUGCCAACACGUUCGAUAUACAGCUUGCUGUAUCCCUCACCAGAUGCUUCGGCGAUUGAAAUCACAAGUCAAAGCCAGGUCGUUACCUCGUAUCUUCCAGAGAUGACAUGGUGCGUCGGACCACCCGUCGCCUUUGCGCCAGUGACGACGAAAGCGCCGUAUCUCAACCACUCUACUGAAUACGAAGUCGUCUCCGCAGGCACAGGGCGCUGCGAGACGGUCUACGUACCGACCGAGGCCACUGUCUGCGCCACGACGCUCACUGGAAUCGCGUCGAAGAUCAUAGUGUCAGAAUGUGAUCAAGAAAUCACCUUCUCGAGCGAAUGUGGGUUCACAUUGGAGACCCCCUCACCAGUGACAUCGAACUUAUCACUGAUCACGCCUGCUCCAACGGUAAAGAGAAUGACAACAUAUUGGGUUGCGCCGUGGCAAUCUUUGACGGCGGGAGAAGCGCCAUCUGAAGUGGACAUCAAGGUGUGCACAGUCCAGGAAGACGAGAGCUUGGAGUGUAUUCACUACCAGGAAGUGUGGGAAGUCGUUGUAGUCACAAAGACUUUCACAACGCAUCGUAACGUGCAGUUGACUACCACUGUUACCGGUCCUGGUACGCUUAUAGUUGAGACAAUGACGGCGGUCAUAACAGACACGGUGGAAACCAUAGACCUGUCGACAACGCUUUUGCUGGAAACUGGUGUUGAGACGGAGAGUACGAGUAAAAAGAAGAAGCUCGUUACGCGACCGAACGAACCAAGUGAUACGGUGGAAACAAGCGUUCCAUUGGUGACGAGCGAACUGGGCACAUCUACCCUAUACAUCACGAAAUACGUAAAGUAUAAGUCGCCUCGGUGA